CCAGCCUAGGGCAGGCGGGCCUGCUGCUGGGAGUUUUCCCAGCUUCGCUGCAGCAGCAGCUCCUGGUAGCUUCUCCAACUGACUCUGAGAGUGCAUCUUCUCCAGCCCCUGCUGCCGAGCCUAUAGCCCCGACCUUUCCCGGAGCUGGUCUGCGCCUCGUGUCUCUAGGGAAGACACACGUCAGACAGAAGAAGCUUUAGGCCUCAUACAGGACACCUCCGCCAUGGCUACCAUUUUUGGAGAUGCUCCCUGGGAAGUGUAGACCGACUCCUUCGAACACAUUUUCCUUUCUCUGUCUUGGUAAACAGGACUUCUGAGGAGUGAAUGGAGGGCCCUUUGAUUUAAAAAAAAAACUUUAUUUUGGAAAUGCUUAGGAACAGAAGGUGGCCAGGAGCAGCUUCAGUUACAAGAUUGUCUGCUUGAGGAAAGGCUAUGAGCACUUUUACUUCUCAUGACUGGGAAGUCGGCCUUGCCUUUUCUGUACUCCUGGAGGGACAUCUUACACACAUGUUUACCAGCAUCCGGGACAAGGAAAAGAAAAGAAAUGAGCCGGCAAACUGCAACAGCACUACCUACUGGAACUUCCAAGUGUACACCAUCCCAGAGGGUGCCUGCUCUGACUGGCACAACUGCAUCCAACAAUGACUUGGCGAGUCUUUUUGAGUGUCCAGUCUGCUUUGACUAUGUGUUACCACCAAUUCUUCAGUGUCAGAGUGGCCAUCUUGUUUGUAGCAACUGUCGCCCAAAGCUCACAUGUUGUCCAACUUGCCGGGGCCCAUUGGGAUCCAUUCGCAACUUGGCUAUGGAGAAAGUGGCCAAUUCAGUACUUUUCCCUUGUAAAUAUGCCUCUUCUGGAUGUGAAAUAACUUUGCCGCACACAGAAAAAGCAGACCAUGAAGAGCUCUGUGAGUUUAGGCCUUAUUCCUGCCCGUGCCCUGGUGCUUCCUGUAAAUGGCAAGGCUCUUUGGAUGCUGUAAUGCCCCAUCUGAUGCAUCAGCAUAAGUCCAUUACAACCCUACAGGGAGAGGAUAUCGUUUUCCUUGCUACAGACAUUAAUCUUCCUGGUGCUGUUGACUGGGUGAUGAUGCAGUCCUGUUUUGGUUUUCACUUUAUGUUAGUUUUAGAGAAACAGGAAAAAUAUGAUGGUCAUCAGCAGUUCUUUGCAAUUGUACAGCUGAUAGGAACACGCAAGCAAGCUGAAAAUUUUGCUUAUCGACUUGAGUUAAAUGGUCAUAGGCGGCGAUUGACUUGGGAAGCGACUCCUCGAUCUAUUCAUGAGGGAAUUGCAACAGCCAUUAUGAAUAGUGACUGCCUAGUCUUUGACACCAGCAUUGCACAGCUUUUUGCAGAAAAUGGCAACUUAGGCAUCAAUGUAACUAUUUCCAUGUGUUGAAAUGGCAAUCAAACAUUUUCUGGCCAGUGUUUAAAACCUUUGCAUUCAGUUUCACAGAGAAUAAGGCACUCAUCUGCCUGCCAGCCUGAAACUUUUGGUAGGAAGAAGCUAGACAGAUGAAGGUAAAUAAAAGGAAAGGCUGUUAAAUACAGGAAACAGUUGCAUGUAGUAACACUAAUAUAUUUAAGAAGUAAGUCAACAGUAAACCACUGAAAUAUAAAUAAAUAAAUAUGUGUGUGUGUGUGUGUGUGUGUAUAUAUAUAUACACACACACACACAUACAUAUACACACCCAAGAUACGGGCAUCUUUUGUAUUAAGAAAGGAAGCAUUGUAAAAUAAUUCUGAAUUUGUGUUUGUUGUAGAUUGAGUGUACUGUUGAAAAUAUUGGGGUAUUGCGUGUGUGUGUGUGUGUGUGUGUGUGAGAGAGAGAGAGAGAGAGAGAGAGAGCAUGUGUGAGUGUGGAUGUUUGAUUCCCUCUUCCCCCCUUAACUUACAAGCCAUGUUGAGUGGUCUUGGACCAUUGCUUUCUCAUCCCUUUGUGAGUCAAUACAUAGUGCUGCUGUGUGUGUAUAUAUAUAUAUAUAUUUUUGUGUGUAUUUGCUAAUUUUUAUUCUAGUUUUUCAUUAAAUAAAUUUGACUUUUCUUUUCUCUUAAUUUCAGGUUUUUCCUCACUUUUUUUUGUACCUUUUUAAAGUUAGUGUCUUUUUGAUAUGCAUAAUUGUUUGUGGUAAAGUUUAUACAUGUGUUCAGUACAUUACACCCCCCCCCCCAUUUAAUCAGCUCAUUAGAAAUAUUUUAAAUUCAGCUAUUUUGUGACUAUAGGAGUUCCAGAAAGGAAAGGGAAGAAUUUACAGAUGCUAUUUGAAGCAGGUAUGGGAUAGUCUUUCUUCUCCAGUUGAGUUUUUCAGACUUAUUAUUUUAAAGGCUAAGGGGGAUACUGAUUUUUUUUUAAAAAACACUGAAAGAAAAAAAUCAAGUUUCCCUCACCCCAAACAUAUUGGACAAAUCAACAUUUGAAAUUUGUUCUUGUAUUAGUUUUGCAAAAGAAGGCAUCAUCUUACACAGUAUUUGUAAUUAAAAGCAAAUCAUUUGUUUAUAAAAAGGGCAGUUUGCAAAAAAAAUGUUUUUGGUCUUUUAUAAUUCUCAUUAAAAGAUUAUCUGGCAAGUUAAAAAA